AGGCGAGAACCUCCUAAACACGGAAUAAAAUGUCUCUCUCAUCUAUCCUUUCCGCUGAUGCCAUUGACAGUGCUCUCAAGGACUGCCAAGCACCAGACUCCUUCUGCCCCAAGAAGUUUUUCCAGUUGUGUGGCCUCAACAAGAAGAGCCCGCAGGAUGUGAAGAAGGUUUUCGGGAUCCUGGACAAUGAUGCCAGUGGUUUUGUGGAGGAGGAAGAGCUCAAGUUUUUCCUCCAGAGGUUUUCCCCUGGAGCUCGCGUUCUGACAGACAAGGAGACCAAGGGCUUCAUGUGUGCUUGUGAUGACGACAGUGACGGCAAGAUUGGAGCAGAUGAGUUCCAGGCCAUGGUCUUGUCCUAA